CAAUUGACUCUCGCUGUUAAGUGCUUUCACUGUUAUUGCUAUGUUUCUUUUUUUUACCCUUUUUUGUUUCAUUUACAAAUGAGAUAGUUAGUCAAAAUGACUUUUUAAAGGCAUAUGUAGAUAGCAUGAGUAGUAGAGAGCUGAUUGCAAAAAUAUGAAUCACCUUUGCUAGAUAGCGACGAGCGACGAUUGACUUGAAACACUGCCUUUUUUUCUAACUUUGUACCUUCCUUCCUUCUCCCCUAUUUAUACGUUGCGUACAUUAAACUCUUCUCUCUCUUUCUGUGUGUAUUUAUAAAUGGCAUUAUUGAAUUAGAUUAGAUAAAUAGAGGGUAGAGAAAGAAAAUUAUGGGAUCCGAGGAAGAGGAGUCAACCUACACACCGAAGCUGCCGCUGUUUUCAGCUUCACAUGCACACAUGCAGUCGCCAGAAAGAUCGGGGAUGUUAACCCCACCACUACACGCCUCGGCCUCGGUCCCAUUUCGCUGGGAAGAGGAACCAGGGAAGCCCAAACCAUGUACCGCACUCACCAGUUUUACUACCCUAAAUGACUCUGCUCCAAAGUGUCUGGAACUCCCUCCUAGGUUGCUACUAGAUGCCAAGAUUGCCAAACUGUCCUCACCCACCACAGUCUUGGAAGGUCCCUACACGGGCAGGCCUAGGUUUCAGUCUUCUUCUUUCAGAAUGGGAAGUGAGUUUUAUGGAUCAUUUCGUGCUAGUCCUGAGACGCUGCAACUCGGGUCUAUGGUUCUUAGCAAGAGAGGGUACAAAGAGAAAGGGUUUCUCGGUUUUUGGAGGGGAAGGUCCUUGAAGGCUAGACCUAGAAGGGAAGUUAGCGGGAACAGUUGCGUUAGGGAUAGUGAAUGCAGCAGAGACGGAGACAGAGACAGAGACAGCAGUGGCACCACCGGUGUUAAUAUCACCACAAUUAGAAGGAUUGGUAGCUUUCCCAGUCUCUCUAGUUCCAAGUCCCACUUCUGGGAAAGUAUCUAUGAAGGCUUAAUGCAAGUGGUCCCAUGGACUAAAAAGGGUAAAAAGGAUAGCUGACUUUUCCCUCUAGGCAAACGCUACUAUAUGAUUACAAACAGGGGAUAAAUUACAUGCACUGCACUGCAGGCCAGGCCACUGUUUCCAGUCAAUCCGAGGCAGUUGAUGGAAAUGAGUGAUCGAAGCCCAUUACUAUUUUUGUUCUUUCUCUAGAUGUGGGGCUAUUUUCAGCUAACCUUUUUUUCGGAUGCCAUCUUUAUCGUUUGGAUAUAUAUCGAUGUGGAAGUUGGCAAAUCCAGUUGGUAGCAGCAAUAUAUGUAUAAAGAUGCCAUCAUUAUCAUACCCUCCGCAGCGGGGACUUGGAACGAUGUGUAAAUUAUGGCUUAGCUCUUGCCAGUCUUACAUUUACGAUUUACUACUAGCUGUGUAGUUCGUUCUCGUCUCAUCAAUGCCUUCUGUUGUGUCUUUAUUUAAGAUAGCUGCCUGACAGACGAUUCACUGAUUUUGGGAUUACGUAGACAGUAGGGGAACCUCAACACCCAUAGCAAGGUUUUGUUGCAUCCAUCCAGGCAAAGAAAUGAACCAAACAUUGCCCAAAAGAUGGAGAGAGGUUCUGUAAAAAGUUGCCCAAGUUUCAUGUCCAGCUUUAUUUUUACAGCUGCCUUUAAUAAACUAUUUAAAUGUUUUUAGUAGCAAUUUUAAAUAUAACCUUGACUCUGUAUCUGCCUUAAUAAGAUUCGACUUAUUCAGAAAUUAACUGAAAGAAAGGUACAAUUCAACCAUGUGAGCAACAUAUUUGCACAUUGUUAAUGUCCAUGAAAAACAACAGAGGUCAAACGGAAGCAAUCAACCAAAGAAACAACUUUAAUUGUAGGGAAACAAAUUAAGUAGAUGAUAUUAAAUUCCAGUCUGAUAUGAAUUAUCCAUGAUUUUUGAGUAAUCCUCCACCACUGAAAAUAAAAACAAAUUAACACUCAAAUUCUCAUGCUAAAGAUGAAGUUGAAGGCGCAAGAGUUCAACUUUAAAAUCAAGUUUAUUUUGUUGCUAAUUACUAGCUACAUUUGAGUUUCUGCUUCUUCCCAACUCAUAAAUCACAUUAGCCCUGCUUUUUA